AGCACCAAAACUGGUUGUUGUCAAACAGCAGGGGCAGAAAAGUGCAUAAAUAUUCUGAAAAGUUCAUAAAAUGUUUGCUGUUAAUUGUUCGGUGUGUUUUAAUUCGCACCCGUACGUUCGCUAGCGUUUUGCGUUUUUCACCGAUCGAUGUGGAAAUGUUUGGUUAACCAUUCACCGUACAGCAUCAGCGCCCGCAGAACGGAAAACACAGACAUCUUGGCUGCAGCAGCAUACGGUGGGGUGGCAUUACAUCGGCCAUCAUCAUCGUCAUUGUUGGUUGUUCCACACCACACUCGCUGGAAGCUAAUUCCGCUGCAUCCGGGGGCAAUUGAUCGUUCGUUUUCUCGUUCUGCGCGUUCCGCGAUCGAAUUUGUUUGCUCAAACGUAAUCCCUCUGUUUGUGGGCCGUGUUAUUUUGUGGCGUGUGCUUCGAGUCGAUUUCAAGAUGUCGAUCGAUCGCUAAAAGUAAAGUAGUGUAGAAAUUUAAGCCCCUUUUUGCGGGUUCUAGAAUGGUUUCCGAACGAAGCAAGUGUGUGUACUGCUGCGGGUGGUGAAAAUGUAAUCGAAGACGACGCGGAUCACAGUGGUGCUGCAAAAAUACCCCGGAAUCAAUCGAUCGAUGUAACACAACGCGCUCAUUCCAAAGUGAUCGUUUCCGUUUCCCUUUUUGUGCGUUUGUUCACAUAAAAAAAAAUUCUUUUCCCCCAUCGCGCCCAAAAGUGUACGCUAUCACCGUAUUGGUUGUUGGUGUUCUGUUGUGUAAGAUAAUUCCACAUUUAUCACACGUUAUCGGGUGUGGGUCGGUUCGUCACACACACGCACACCGUUUCCGCCCGGCGUGUCCGACCGUGGCCGUCGACGACGGGGCUUAUCAAGCUCGUAGCAAGUGUCUCCAUCCGUUUCAUCGCCAAAGUCUCGGAGGGAUUUAUUGCAUCGAUCGCAACCAUACGGACAGUGAAAAUAAAGGAACGGAGUGAGCAACCAUCGCCUUUGUGUAACGCGAGCAUUGUGUCUGGAAAGAGGCGAUUGAUAAAAGAAUUCAUUGUAAGUGGACGACGGGGCGGCGGUACAACCCCAGACCGGAGUCCGUUCUGAGGCAGUUUGUUUGUGUAUGCAUAUUUAGCGCAUGAAUCAACGACAACAACACCACAAACCAUCCCAGCAGGUCUUGCGAAUCACCCUCGGUUGCUGCCAUUCGCGCACAGCCUGCUUUGGCCGGGCAUUGGCAGUGAAGGAAGUUGCAAAAAGGGAGAGAUUAAUCGACGGAACAAGAUCAUCGCAAACAAAUCGACCAGUCCGCAAAUUCCCCGCCCGGGGUGACGAUGAUGGGCGUGGACGACAGAACCCGGCACUAGAAAAGUAAAACAACUCCCUACUGAAUCCAACCAUAUAAAAACACACCCAAGUGCCUGCAGCAGAAGAAGGAAGGACCAAGCGUCAGAAUAUAAAAACGAAAUAUAAUUAUAAUAAUGUGGUCGCUGGCAAUCGAUCGAUCGGCGUCGAUGGUGGUCGUCGAUUAGAACGAAACAAUCAGCUCCAACGCUACACACCAAAAUCGAAGGUGCGAAUUUGGGACAAUCCAUUCCGGCAAGGCCUAGCACUAGUGUAGACGAAAAGGAAAGCAAUACGAAUAAGCAACGAAGCAACUUUCGUUGUCCAAAUGCAGCAAGCAAUAGAAGUGGUGACAUCCCGGCGGACAUCCCAAACAUCUUGAGGCGACAUUUGAGCGAACGGGCGACCGACCCGCAGGCAGAAGAACGUGUGAAAGCAGAACACACCACCGACAGGCGGGCCGGUCUGUCACAUCAUACACCACCCAGCCUAUUGUGGAAUUAUUAUCCUCAACGCGGCAGCAGCAGCAGCAGCAGCAGCAGUAGUAGUAAACCCAGAUGGCGACAACGAAUAAAGAGGUCUACCACGAAGGCUGGCUCAUCAAAUCGCCACCGACGAAACGUAUCUGGCGCGCGCGCUGGCGAAGGCGUUGGUUCACGCUCAAGCAGGGUGAGCUGCCCGGUCAGUUCUUUCUCGAGUACUACACCGACCGCAAAUGCCGUAAGCUGAAGGGCAUCAUCGAUCUGGACCAGUGCGAACAAGUGGACGCUGGGCUGCGGCUCGACCGGCAGAAGGAAAAGUACGCACACAUGUUCGACGUGAAAACGCCAACCCGCACGUACUAUCUGGCCGCGGACACCGAGGAAGACAUGCGCGGUUGGGUGAACUGUAUCUGUCAGGUGUGCAGCCUGCAGGAAACGCAAACCGUCGACGAUCGGCCAUAUUAUAAUAUCGGCGCAAUCAAUAUGGCUGAUGCGAUCAAUAUGGCGGACACGGUAGUCGAGACGCGGCCACCAGCGCGCACAACCGCCACCAAUGGUGCAGCGCCGGUGGAAACGGACGUAUCAAACGAAACAGAAACAACCAUGCUGAAUCAUUCGGUGGCGGGUGAAGUAACAGCGGAACAGUCGCAACACCAGCAGCAGCAAAAGCGUACGCCAGCAGCGUACAACCCGUACGGCACGUACCAGAACGAGGAAAUGAUGGGCUUCCGUUCGAUGGAUUACACCAACCGCGAGACGAUCAUCUGCGAAGCGAAGCUCGGCGGUCAGCCCGCAUCGAACGCGGCCGAAGCGUACUCGAACCUGGACGUCAUUAUCGAACGCUCCCAGUCGCUGCGUGGUAAACCGGCGACGAAAAACGGCGAACCGUCAUCAGCCACCACAACGAACGGUAUCGGACCGGGCAGCAGCAGCAGUCCGAUGGUACACCAUAUGCGAACACAAUCACUAAACAUCGAGCAGCAGCAGCAGCAGCAGCAGCGCAGUGGCAAGAAGAUUCCCGAGAAUCUUAAACUAACCGAACGCACCCCAUCGACCAGUGCGUUCGACAGUGGACCGGAACAACCGUCGCCGGCGCUGAGCACCUCGUCCGGCCCUUACAUACCGAUCAGCGAGUGCUAUUCGGGCAGUCCGGUGACGCCGCUCAACUCGCUCGAUCCACGGUUCUACGAGACACCGCGCAGCCACACCAACAUCGGCUUCAAUCUCGUCAACAACGAGCAACCGUACUCACCAAAGAGAAACAACGUUGGUGGUGGUGGACAGCUGGCAGCGUCCUCCGGUGGCGGUGGCCCAUCAUCGCUUGUGCUGGGUUCUGGUGGUGGUUCCGGUGCAAAUAAAGCUGCUGCUGCUGCUGCUGCUGCUGGACUGCCGGGGAUCUGUAGCGGUAAAUCGAGCCCCUCCGAUUCGGAGAGUGUGUUUACGGAUGACGAGUGGACGGCAGCUGCUUCGCCCGGCGAUGGAUCACGUGGUGGGCGAGAGGGUGCGAAUCGUGGUGGAGCCGGAGCAACGGGUGGAACGAUCGAUCGCAGUACCCGGCCGUCGGAUAGUUCGAUCGAGAAUGAUGCGGUCGGGUGGACGUAUGUGCAGCGCUUUUCCAAAGUUCCCAACACGACGGAGGAAAAGCAGCAGGCGCAAGGUGCUACCGGCGCUGCUGUGAAUGGGAGUGUACCGGUGGCCGGUGCACCACCGAGACCACCGAAACGGGCGAGCAUGAACUUGGAGGGGAUCGAAAAAGCAAAGGAUCUUAUAUCAUCCGACACGGAGAAUGUUUCGCCUGCCAUCGGGCCGAGAGAAGCUAGUACGCAUAUCGAGCAGUUCUACGAUAUUCCACGCUCCCAUCAGCACCCGUACACCGGUGGCAGCAGUAUGCAUCUGCCGGACGGCGAUCUGCUCUCACCGCUUAGUCAGUGCGAUCUGGUCGCGUCCAGCACACCGAACCUGAUCAGCGAGUUUGGCGGUACGGCGGGCAGCCAGUGUGGUACGCUCGGACGUCCGCGGCCCCACUGCUACACGAACGCCGCCCCGACGAAGGUGGAGGGCAACGUGUUUCGAUUUGAUUUCAGCGAGCAGCCCGAUUCAUCCGCACCGGCCAUAAAUCGCCGCCUAAAGCCACGCUCGUCCCUCGAUAUUACUAAAUCGAUCGAGUCCGUGACGCAGGGUGUUAGGCAGCAGCAGAUUUCACUCGGUGGCAAUGGUAGCGCAACGCCAGCACCGGCCAUACCGGCUUCGGCCAGCGGUGGUGGUGGGCAGCAGUCGUCGGCAAGAAGUCCUCCGACGGUCGAUCGUACCCGUAAGCCGGCUACUCCAAAGAUCGGUACAAACUCGAUGCGUCGGAAGGGUGGACCCGUUUCGCUGAAUCUCGCCUCGAAUCAAGCGACCGAAAGCACGUACGGCAACACGCAGGAUGCAAACAUUUCACUGCUAUCGGCGAUAUCUCCACGCGCUGCCGGUAAAAAGGAGGAUCGUCUCCAGUAUCUCGAUCUGGACCACUCGAGCAGCCCGCAGAAAACGAACCAAUGCGCAAUCUACUCGUCGGUCGGACCGAACAGCAUCGGUGGUGUUGGUGGUGCUGGUGGCGGCGGCGGCGGCGGCGGCAACCCGAACGCGAACCACCACAACCACAAUCAUCCGGUGGUGGCCACCGCCAGCAGUUCUGCAUCGCAUGAUAUGAUGAUGGGUGGGGCAGGAUCGUCACGGCACCAUCACCAUCACCACCAUCAUCGUGACGGUGAUACGGGCGCGGCGAAACCGGCCGCACAAACAAGCAGCACACCGUACACGACGGUAGAUUUCGUUAAAACCGACGCAUUCAAUCGAGUGCGGGCCGAUUCGGAGCUUACGCGCGCCCAGUCCCGUCUGAAGGAUCAGACGUCUUAGAUCCGUUCAGAGGGGGUUUUUAAAGCAAAUAGCCUUCCCGCAGUGUUUUUAUAUGAAUGCGCUUGUUCAUAUCCACAUUUGAUCCGUGUCUUCCGAGCUUCCUUUAGUGGUUUAUCAUUUAAAGCACACGCCUUAUAAGCUUUGAGUGUGCUGCUUUUUGCGCUACUAAUCGAGAGAGAGAGAGAUGUCGAGAGUGAAGAAUUCGUUGAAGACUGUGGAGAAGCAGAAAGGAAAAAUCUCUCGAAUCAGACGAAAAUCAUACAUAAAAUAGCCAAGUGCAAUUAAUGCAAGCUCUGCCUUAACUUCUCUUCCUACUUCGUAAGCUUACUAGGCGUUGUUAUACACAGAAACAGACACUGAAAAUGGCAUUUAUGUAGAGGGCAACCCGAAUGCUUUUAGGAAUUGAUGAAACGAAUGACUUGAGUGCGGUGAGAGCCCGCCGGUGCCUGUGAUUUUGAAAGUUGGAAUGGAUAAAAAACACCGGAAAAUGGGGAUUUUAUUACUUGACGUGAAAUAAGAAGGCUUUUGAUUUGUUUGUGUGUUUUUUGGAAAACGAAAGUAUUUACCAACACAGGACGAGAAUGAGAGAGAGAGAGAGAGAUAAAGGCAUUUUUGGGGGUAGGAUAUGGAAAAAAGGGAAACGCAAUUAGAAGGUACUUUUGCACUGUAAGAUUAGGAUAGUUACAACUAGGUAGAAUGCUACUGAAAACACGCCUAACACAAUAUUGCAUGACUUUAGGAGUAAAACCCCCCCAUCAUUGCGCAAUAUUCAGACGACACACCCCGUUGCUUGCUCCUGCCAAAACAGAACAAAAACGGCAGAUCAAUUUCCAUGAAGCUACUUCUAAAGUAGUGCGACGACUGGUACAGACUGCAUUUCUUCUGCAUUUUUUCUUUCUCCUAUAUGUCUUGUACACCUUAACUUGUAUCUCUCUUUUCCAUGCGAUACUCUUUUCCAUUGUGUAUGCUAAGAACUCUCUUUUUUACAAUAUUUUUACAACAUACGCACAAACAUACGUAUUACUACAUGUUUUUGUUUCUUCUUUCUACUGUUUUUUUUUUUAAUUAACAACACAUUGUACGCGUUACUGGUUAGGUAGAACUUUACGAAAUGAUGUUUACGUUUAGCGAAAAUAAAACAAAAGCUAUGGAAGAGUUAA